AAAUAAUAAACGUUACUAAUGACUACGACCAAAAAGUUGUAAGAAAAAAAAGUAAAAGAAACAGUAACUUCUUUACACCAACCACACAAAUAAUAACGUAAUCCGACUUGUAAGAAGAAGACUUUUUGCAAAACAUUCUUCUAUAGAAGAGAGACGACCGCCGUCGCCGGGAAGUGACGUCACCACAAAACCUGCCAAAUGGGUGCCACAGACCCCGUAAAGGCUGUGGAAGAGAGAGAAAACAGAGGAGAAGAAGAAACAGAGAAGAAGAAGAAGAAACAGAGAGGAGUAAAGGCUAAUGAUGAGGAAGAAGGAGAUAAAGACGAACUCAACCACCACAGAUUCUUAGCGAGCUUGAACAGAUUGAACCCCACGAACCCUCUUCGGGUCAUCGUCAACAAUGGCGGCGGCGGUAGAUUCACCACUCCGCCUCCUCCUAACCCCGCUCAGCCGCUCCGAUCUUCCUCAAGAGCUCCUCCGCCGAUUCAGACUCCUCCCGUCCGCGCGCCGCCGCCUGAAGAGCCUCAGCCUCCUCCCUCUCCCUCUCCGCCUCCGCUUCAGCAUCAGUCUCGUUCCCUCUUCUCACAAACCCCUCAAGAAACGUUGGCGUCGUUGAACUCGUCAAAGUACACAAACAAGUUCUUUCUCCUCCUCUUCAUCCUUCACAAGAUCGCGGCCAUCGGUUUCGUAUGCUUCCUCGUCUUCAGAGGCGUCCAGGGUCUCAUCGACUCCAACGGCAGCGUCAAACGCAAAGAGCAACGCAUCCUCAGAUUCCUACUCCCCCAAGUCGAAGCCGCGUCUCUCCUAAGCAUCGUACUCGCGUUCUCCUGGCAAAUGGCGAUCCGUCUCUGGCCUGAGUUCAUGAUCCACUUCAUACUCUGGAGCACGUUCCUGAUGUCUCUCUCCUCAGGAAUCCUCUUGCUCUGUUUCCAGAUGCCAGCCACCGAUGCCGUUGGUGUUUCCCUCAUCGCCUUCUCUAUAGGCAACGGUUUAUACGCUUGCUGGGUCACACGCAGGAUCAAGUUCUGUACCAAGAUACUAGUCAAGUCUUUAGAGCCAGUUUCGAAGUUCACUGACUUGAACUUACCAACCUACUACAUGCUAGCAGCUGGUUUCUUCUGGAUGUCGCUUUGGAUCUUCGGUGUCAUCGGUGCGUUGAAUUUUUACUUUCCGCCGGUUGUGAUUAUCGGUUUGGUGUUGAGCUUGGCGUGGACGACGGAAGUGAUGAGGAACGUUGUUAAUCUAACUGUGAGUAGAGUCAUCGCUUUGUUCUAUCUUAGAGGGAUGCAGUCUAGUACUCGGUUUAGUUUCCAAAGAGCCUUGUCUCGUAACCUAGGGAGCGCGUGUUUGGGGUCUCUCUUUGUUCCGACGAUCGAAGCGCUUAGGAUCGUGGCGAGAGGGUUGAACUUGCUUAAAGGUGAAGAUGAGUUCAUGUUUUGCUGCGCUAAUUGUUGUCUUAAACUCAUGACGUUUAUAUUCGAGCAUGGCAAUGGUUGGGCCUUUGUGCAGAUAGCAGCGUAUGGGAAAGGGUUUGUGAGGGCGUCGCAAGACACGUGGAAACUGUUUGAGGAUGUGGAUAUGGUUGAGAUUGUAGAUGCGGACAUAACAAGCUCUAUAUGUUUCCUCACGGGGAUAUGCAGUGGCUGCGUCUGUGUUGUUGUGGCGGCUGCUUGGACGCACACGGUUUAUAAGCCUUUUACGGCUACCAUCUCCUUACUUGCCUUCUUCAUUGGUUACCUCAUGACGAGGAUCUCAAUGGCACUGCCUCACGCAUGCGUGAGUUGCUACUACGCAUGCUACGCUGAGAAUCCAGAGAGCAGAUUCUUUGACAAAACCAUAAAAGAGAGACAAGCUUUGAUCAAAAAUGGUCGUGUUGUUGUCCACACACCCAGAGUCCGGCGUGCUCUAGCCUAGCCCGGCCCUGUCUGCUUACUCUCUUCUUCUUUUUCCUUCCUGCCUAAUUGAAUUGUAUUUAAAAUUUGAUAAUUAAUUUAGUAAGAGAAAGUGGUAGUGUCAAUAUCAGUGGGGGUGGGGAAGAAAGAAUGUGGUUACAGUCCAACUAAGCAAAGUUGGUUGAGCCUUUUUUUUUCUUCUUCUUUGUUGUUGUUGAAACCCUUCAAUGACUUUCUGUACAUAUAUUUAUUUCCUCAUUAUUUGUUGGUUCCUAUCUGUACA